GCGGCGGCAGGCGCACCAUGCCCUCCUUCGACGAGGCGCUGCUGCGGGCCGGCGAGUUCGGGCGCUUCCAGCGGCGCGUGUUCCUGCUGCUGUGCCUGACCGGCGUCACCUUCGCCUUCCUGUUCGUCGGCGUGGUCUUCCUAGGCAGCCAGCCCGACCACUACUGGUGCCGCGGGCCGAGCGCCGCGGCGCUGGCCGAGCGCUGCGGCUGGAGCCCGGAGGAGGAGUGGAACCGCACGGCGCCCGCCCUCCGCGGCCCCGCGCCCUCCGAGCGCCGCGGCGACGGCAGCUGCCAGCGCUACCUCCUGGAGGCGGCCAACGCCAGCGCCGCCGCGGGGGCGCUCAGCUGCGCAGACCCGCUCGCCGCCUUCCCCAACCGCUCCGCGCCCCUCGUGCCGUGCCGCGGCGGCUGGCGCUACGCCCAGGCCCACUCCACCAUCAUCAGCGAGUUUGACCUUGUCUGUGUCAAUGCAUGGAUGUUGGACCUCACCCAAGCCAUCUUAAACCUUGGCUUCCUGGCUGGGGCAUUCACCUUAGGCUAUGCAGCAGACAGGUACGGCAGAACAGUCAUUUACUUAAUAUCCUGCUUCGGCGUGGGCGUCACCGGUGUUGUGGUAGCAUUUGCACCAAAUUUCCCUGUGUUUGUGAUCUUCCGCUUCCUGCAAGGUGUGUUUGGAAAGGGGACGUGGAUGACUUCCUAUGUGAUCGUGACAGAAAUAGUAGGUUCAAAACAAAGGAGGAUUGUGGGAAUAGUGAUUCAAAUGUUCUUCACCCUUGGAAUCAUAAUUCUCCCUGGAAUUGCCUACUUUAUCCCCAAUUGGCAAGGGAUCCAGCUAGCCAUUACGCUGCCCAACUUUCUCUUCCUCCUUUAUUACUGGGUGGUCCCUGAAUCUCCCCGCUGGCUGAUCACUCGGAAAAAAGGAGACAAAGCCUUAAAAAUCCUGAGGAACAUUGCUAAAUGCAAUGGGAAAUAUCUCUCACCAAAUUAUUCAGAGAUCACCGUCACCGACGAGGAAGUUAGUAACCCGUCCUUUCUAGAUCUGGUGAGAACUCCCCAGAUGAGGAAGUGCACACUUAUACUCAUGUUUGCUUGGUUCACCAGCGCCGUGGUGUAUCAGGGACUGGUCAUGCGCCUGGGAAUCAUCGGCGGCAACCUCUACAUAGAUUUCUUCAUCUCGGGAGUGGUGGAACUGCCAGGGGCUCUCUUGAUCUUGCUGACCAUCGAGCGCUUUGGACGCCGCCUCCCCUUCGCAGCGAGCAAUGUAGUGGCGGGGGUUGCGUGCCUGGUCACCGCGUUCUUACCAGAAGGGACGGCAUGGUUGAGGACCACCGUGGCUACUCUGGGUCGACUAGGGAUAACCAUGGCCUUUGAAAUAGUUUAUUUGGUGAAUUCAGAAUUGUACCCAACAACAUUACGAAACUUUGGGGUUUCGCUCUGUUCGGGUUUGUGUGAUUUUGGGGGAAUCAUAGCCCCGUUUCUGCUCUUUCGACUGGCAGCCGUGUGGCUAGAGCUACCUCUGAUCAUCUUUGGUGUCCUGGCGUCGGUCUGUGGUGGCCUCGUGAUGCUUUUGCCUGAAACCAAGGGCAUUGCCUUGCCAGAGACAGUGGACGAUGUGGAGAGACUUGGCAGUUCGUAUUCUAUCAAUAUCACAGGAAAAAGGAAACCCAGGUUUCCAGCGCUCACCUUUGAGGGCCCUGCCAAGCCCGCGGGAAGGAGCUGUCAGAAGACCACCCUCCUGGAGAUGCGGAGCCUCUAG